AAUAUUACGCAAGGAUUUGUGGUUGUCUUGGUGAGUUCAAAUGUUUGUUAUUGCCACAUAAUUUUGGCUACUGUGACAGCUAGGGUCGCUCGGCCGCCGCCAUAUUGGCUCCUGUCGCUCUCCAAUGUACUGUAAAUAAUCAAAUCCUCAAAACGAGACAUUCACGGCCGUUUAUGUGCCUGAAAAGCUUGAUUUCGUCGCCGAAAUUUCCGCAUUUAGUCUGCGUUGACCUCCGCGAGCCUCGAGACGCCGACGGCCAGCCCUGACUAAGCUUGGCUAGCGAAGGAGACUUGCUAAACAGGAGGACGAAUAUUCGAGAAUACUGUACGUCGAAACUUCAUUGCUUUAAUGCAUUGGGGAGCAGAAGAGGACAGCACCAUGAGCCAUUAGCUUCACUCGCUACAUUUGCGUAAUUCGCCUCUGAUACUCACAGUGACCUGUCGUGCCCCACUCGGCACCAUGACGUCCUCCAUGCUACGCAGACAGCUAAAGAACCUGGUCCAGAACUACUCUGAGGCUGAGGUCAAGGUUCGAGAAGCCACGUCCAAUGACCCGUGGGGCCCGUCCAGCUCUCAGAUGGCCGACAUCUCUGACCUGACCUACAACGUGGUGGCCUGCAACGAGAUCAUGACCAUGCUGUGGAAGCGGCUCAAGGAUGACAGGAACUGGCGGCACAUCCACAAGUCGCUGACGCUGCUGGAGUACUUGCUGAAGACGGGCGAUGACCGCGUGCUCCUCAAGAUGAAAGACAACAUUUACAUCGUCAAAGCCCUCACCGAGUACCGAUUUGUGGAGAAAGAUGGCAAGGAUCAGGGUACAAAUGUUCGAGAAAAAGCCAAAGUUGUGCUGGUCCUGAUGGAGGACGAUGACAAAUUAAAGGAGGAGCGAGACUUUGCUGUCAAGACCCGAGAGAAGACAUCCAAAGGUUCCACAGCCUCAUCCUCGGACGCCGUCAAGGACCCCAACUACAAGCCGUGCUACGUUCCCGGCGCCUCGGGGCUCCCGUCGCUAGACAACAUUCCCUCGGUGGCCGACCUCACCGCUUCCUUCGCCGCCCGCAAGGAGGAACGCCUCAAGCAGGAGCAGGAGAAAAAAGAGGUGGAAAGGCGGGCCCAAAUGUCCGAAGACGAGCUGAAAUGGGAAGAUGCUGGAAAAGGAGGCGCUGUUGCCGAUCAGGCCUGGUCCCGUGAGAAGAUUGAGGAGGAUGGAGAGGAAAAAGCCAAGCCUGACCCCUGGGGGGAUUCCGAUCGUUGGGGCGAAUGCUCCAAACCCGACGUGUCAGAUUCAGCACCUGCUACAAGUGGUGACAAUUCUUUGGAGUCUGCUAGCGCUCAAGUUUCCGACAAGCAAGACCCACCUUGUCAUCCUUUGAAAGCACAAACAGGUCCACAAGACCCUUUUGUGGCACAAAAUGGCGCCCCGCAACGCGCAGAAUCCUUUGAAGGCCAGCCCAAAAACCAAGAGGAUCCCUUCACCUCUUCCAAUAAUGACCCAUUCAACACCCCGAAAGAUGACCCCUUUAAUGCACCUAAAAAUGACCCCUUCAGUACAGCCAAAAAUGACCCCUUCAAUGCCCCCAAAGAGGACCCUUUCAACACCCCCAAAGACGACCCGUUCACCGCCCCCAAAGACAACCCCUUCAACUCCCCCAAAGAUGACCCUUUCAACACCCCCAAAGACGACCCGUUCACCGCCCCCAAAGACAACCCCUUCAACUCCCCCAAAGAUGACCCUUUCAACGCCCCCAAAGAUGACCCAUUCACCGCCCCCAAAGAGGACCCGUUCACCGCCCCCAAAGAGGACCCUUUCAACGCCCCCAAAAACGACCCCUUCAACGCACCUAAAAAUGACCCCUUCACUGCUCAAAAAGAUGACCCCUUCAACGCCUCGAAAGAGGACCCAUUUAAUACACCGAAGGACGACCCAUUUGACACCCCGAAUAAUGAUCCGUUCAACGCCCCCAAAAACGACAAGCUCAACAGCCCCAAGGAUCACCCAUUUGGCACCCCAAAAGACGAUCCCUUCUUCAGCGCCCCAAAAGAUGACCCAUUCGCAGCCCCUCAAGUAUCAACUUCCUGUGAAGAAAGUCCACCGACUGCCCCCACGACACCCCCAAAAGACGACCCCUUCAACACUCCGCAAGACGACCCUUUCUCUGCAGCCAGUGUAGCCGCUGAAGCACCAGCGCCUCCUAAGGAUGACCCUUUUGCCACUUCGUCUGACAAGGACCCCUUUUCCGCCCCCCUGACGCCACCCAAAGAAGAAGAAGGCAGGUCGUCCGAUCCCUUCGCCGCGCUUCCGCUGAGCUCGUCCCGAAGCGGAGGUGACGGCUGGGGAGCUGCCUCCGGCUUGGCGCCCCCUGCUGGCUCGGAUCCAUGGGGAGCCAGUGGCGUGUCUUCGCCUGUUGAUGAUUGCGAUCCCUUUGGGGACACCUCCAAAGCCCAAAGUGACCCCUGGGGGACGCCAGGUUGUGCUGUUGCGAAAGAUGCGUGGGAGACUCCGACAGCUCCCUCCCCAACCAGCGACCCCUUUGGAGACUCCAAAAGAAGAGCAGGCGCAGAAAACUCCUUUUAGAAUAUCAACUCAGCCAGAGAAGGCGUUGCUUUUCGGGCUCGGCGGCGAGUGGGCGGGGCUUCAGAACUCAGCCUGCCAGAAAACUGCGCCCCCUGCCCAGCAUGCUCAAUAUCCCCUCUCAUUGCCCCCCUGCCCCAGGAACAGGAACCCCCCCACCCACACACACACACACACACACACACACACACACACACACACACACACACACACACACACUACUUGAUGAGUGUUAUCAUGGUUUCCAUAGUUACGGUCAUGUGACAGGCAGGGGCGGCGGAGGCGCUGCAGCUCAUGAGUAUUCAUCAGUAGUUAAUUUGUUUGGCUCCUCCCUCCCUGUGUUUUUUGUAGUUGUGUGUGUGUGUGUGUGUGUGUGUGUGUGCGUGUAGUAUAGUGUAGUUGUUGCGUUUGUUGACUAGCUGUUAGCAAUAGCAUUAUGCUCACUCUUCACCCCUCCCUCCUUUGGGAGAUUGUCCACAUGAUGAUGGCAUGAUCGGACUGCGUUGAUGUGAUACCCCCCAUACAUACAGUAUGCACACACACAUUGUGUGUGUGUGUGUGUGUGUGUGUGUGUGUGUGUGUGUGUGUGUGUGUGUGUGUGCGUGCGUGCGUGCGUGCGUGCGUGCGUGCUGAUACAAUGCAACACGAACCUUACGAUCAAGUGUAAAUACGAGUAUUUAGCCAUUUAUAGCUUGAAUAUUUAUUCACGUGACCGCGGAGCAAAAAUGAAAAGUUCAGGUUGUCGUUGUUGUUGUUGACCACGAUGAAGAUGAUCAGACCCAUCAGCAGAUCCGUCGGGGUGGGCGGUCUCCUAUGGCCCGCCCUUGGUGACAGAUCAGAUGAUGAUGAUGAUGGUGACAAUGGGCAAUGACAUGUAACAAGAUUUCAUGAGAAAUCAUCUCAGUAACCAGCCGUGUCUUUAAUUUAUUAUAUUUAUUUUAUCCUUUCACUUUGUCAACUCCAUGCUCUGCGUGCGCGCGUUUGUGAGACGUCGUCCCAAGGCACCGAGUAGCAAUCAGAUUAAGCGAUGAAGUGAAAUAAAUUCACUAUUCAGAUGAUGACCCGAUAAAUACCAACGCAAAUGAAUAUUAAUCAAAGAAGACUCACAAAAGAACUGCCAAAUCAAAUCAUCUGCUUUUCAUCAAUUUAAGAUAAAAACAUGUUUUUGCAGUGUGCACGCGCGCGUGUUGUAUGAAUUAACGUUUACGGGAUGCAUUUAUUUAUAUACUUAAUUCUGUAUUUAUAUUUGAAUUAUUUUCUCCCGUUAGAAGACGUUUCUGACUGUGACCACGAGAGGGAGACAAAGAUGUGACAUGCGCAGAAAAAAAAUGUGAUGAGUAAUUGCAUAUAUUCUUAUUGCUAUCCAGUAAUGGCAUCGAAAUGUUUGCUUGGGUGUUUGUAACUUAUUUUUCUUUGACUUGAUGGCAGAUGAAGUAUUGACAAACAUUUCUGUGGGUGUGUGUGUGAUGUACAUUAAGAUGUAUUUAUUAUUGUGAUGUAAAUAGUGACCUGAUUAUGUUGGAUAUUAUAGUAUGAUUAUGAUCACAAGUAACUAUUUAUUCAUUGAGUGAAAAUCCAUCAGUUCGACAAACUUCAGAUUGUUCUUG